CCCGGAAGUUGUGAAGAAGUAGCGGUGUGCGGGUUAGCAUGUUAGCGACAGAGUAAGGAUGUCCUGUUUUCACCCUCAAUAAACAGAAAGAGGACAAUUUUUCUGGAUUACAGCGACACUUAAAGUUUCAGGUCCAGUGGCAGUCAUGGCUCACAUCACCAUCAACCAGUACUUGCAGCAGGUUUAUGAGGCCAUCGAUAACCACGAGGGUUCCUUCUGUGCUGAGCUGCUCUCCUUCAAACACCCACACGUUGCCAACCCCAGGCUCCAGCUAGCCAGUCCGGAAGAAAAAUGUCAGCAGCUCCUGGAGCCGCCGUACGACGAGAUGGUCGCCGCUCAUCUCAGAUGUACCUACGCAGUGGCCAAUCACGACUUUGUUGAAGCUUACAAGUUCCAGACGCUCGUUGUUCAAUCCUUCCUGAGAGCCUUUCAGUCCCACAAAGAGGAGAACUGGGCUCUGCCGGUGAUGUACGCCGUCACUCUGGAUCUCAGGAUAUUUGCCAACAAUGCAGAGCAGCAGCUGCAGAAGAAGAGUAAAGGUCAGCCGGGGGAGAUGUUGGAGAAAGCAGCUGAGCAGUUGAUGAGCUGCUUUAGAGUGUGUGCCAGCGACAAUCGUGCGGGGAUUGAGGACUCCAAAAAGUGGGGGAUGAUGUUUCUGAGCAACCAGCUCUUCAAGAUCUACUUUAAGAUCAAUAAGCUGCAUCUGUGUAAGCCUCUGAUCCGAGCCAUCGACAGCUCCAACCUGAAGAACGACUACAGCCCGGCUCAGAAAGUCACCUACAAAUACUACGUUGGCCGCAAAGCCAUGUUCGACAGCGACUUCAAACCAGCGGAGGAGUUUCUGUCAUACGCUUUUGACCACUGUCACCGCUCCAGUCAGAAGAACAAGAGGAUGAUUCUCAUCUACCUGCUGCCUGUCAAGAUGCUGCUGGGUCACAUGCCGACUCAUCAGCUGCUCAGGAAGUAUGACCUCAUGCAGUUUGCAGACGUCACCAAAGCUGUGAGCGAGGGGAACCUGCUGCUGCUGAAUGAAGCUCUGUCCAAACACGAGACCUUCUUCAUCCGCUGUGGGAUCUUCCUAAUCCUGGAGAAGCUCAAGAUCAUCACCUACAGGAACCUCUUCAAGAAAGUGUACCUGCUGCUGCGGACUCACCAGCUGCCUCUGGAUGCCUUCCUUGUGUCUCUGAGGAUGAUGAAGGUGGAGGAUGUGGACAUUGACGAGGUGCAGUGCAUCCUGGCCAACCUCAUAUACAUGGGUCACAUUAAAGGUUACAUCUCCCAUCAGCACCAGAAGCUUGUGGUCAGUAAACAGAACCCAUUCCCUCCUCUCUCCUCUAUCUCCUAGACUACAUUACCCACAAUCCCCUCAGGCUGUGAUGCUCCACAGGAAACUUUCCACCUUUACUGUUUUUUUUUUUAUUUUGUACUGUAAAUUUUUUGUUGAAUUAAAC